AUGGACGCAGGCUUUACCUUUACAUGCAAGCCACUGCUCACGCCAGUGCCCUGCCAAAGAUGGAUGCGCAGCAUAUCUCCAGGGCUUUUGUCCACCAUUCCAGCCCCACCGGCCUCACGUGAGCUUUACACAAACGUGCAGCAUGGGUUUCUUGCUGCGAGCUUGCUUUGCCUCUUUCGGACCAGCCGGAGUAGGUCUCCCAGGCUAGGCCAUGCAAGUGUCCGAGCUCUGGCCUCCACAGUCCUGCUGGUGGAUGCAGACUCGCAUCAGAUGCACGAGAUUCGUCUCGCAAUGCAAGAGCUUGGUUCAGAGGACGCACAGCUUGCUGUCACUGUUUUUGCUGCGCCUGGGCGAAUUGACAGCAACAAAUGGAGUCACUUCUUGCAGAAGCACACGAUUACAUUCCAGUCAGUGAAGAGGGUCGGCGGACGUGUGGACCCCAAUGAUGAAGCCAUUCAGUCUCAUAUGCGAAGCCUCGUUGAAGAUCCUAGUUUGGAAACACUAGCGCUAUUGACUUCUGACACCGACUUCUUGGAAGUCGCGCUGAAAACCUCAACAAAGUGCAUCCGCGUAGUGGUCUUGGUUCCAGAAGCAAUGCGCGGCACUAUGCGCAAAUAUGCUGAUGCUGGUAUUGAGGUUGUUCCCUUGCGCCGGAGAAACGGCGACGUGGCGUACACUGUUCGAGCCACUCUUCUCCCAGAUGGCACAGGCGCCGUAAAACGAUGCAAGCCCAUACCAAGGUUGCCAGACUUUCGGGAGGAGGUAGAAGCGCUUCUGAGCUUCUUAACCGGACUGGGUUACAGAUCGGCAGAGGGAGCGAGGAUGUUGCCAUGCGUUGCAAAAUGUUGGUUUGCAAACAUUCAGAAGCCCCUGACGGUCUUCCCAAGCCAAGCUGCUGUGAUGGCACUGCGUGCCGAGAUGCAAUUGCAGCACAGAUGGGCAAAAAGCGCAGGCAAUCUGGUUUUUGUUUUUCCGUGUUCUGUCAGUAAGCCACCCAAGAGCAAACAACUGGAGCUUGGGGGAACGUUAGCAUUCAGAAUCCUGCAGGGUGGUGGUCCGUCUAUGCUUCAUGACUCAGAAGAGCUGACCCCGCAAGUUCUGAGCAUGCUUGGAUAUCUAGACGAUGGACUCAAUGCCGAUCUUCUCGAGGCAUUGCUCGUCUUCAUCAAUGCAACCCGGAACAAGAGUCUCUUGAAACAGAUGGAUGCCCUUCCUCGUCCUGGACAAGCAGCCGCUGACAUUUGCAGCAAAAUGCGACGUGCCUUCCUCUCGAGCAGAGGUGAUGGACAUUGGCAGCCUGCUCCGAAAGAUGGAGCCGUGCGAAAAGUCUUGACGCAGGGCGGCUACUUGCCAAAGACGCCUGCUUGCCCAGAAGCCGUGCUUCUGGCGAAGCAGCGAUACAGCAGAAAGAACAUGCUACCGGACAUGAAAACCUACAAUGGCUACCUUUGGCAGAUCAUGCGGUCCAUCAACGCGAGUGACCCAUCAAGACGAGAUGCAAUUUGGCUUUGA